CAUCAUUUCAAGACAAACGCUCAGAACUACACAGCGAUGCUACAGCUGGUCAUUUCAGAUUACAUGAGUGCACAGAUAUACUGAAGACAGCAGAUGGAUGUCUCUAAUUAUGAAGACAAAGGAGGAACUGUGGGGCCUCAUAAUACCGAGAUCUCUAAAAUCAGUAUCACUGCCCAGAAUAGAAGCAGUAUUUCAGCACCUGUGAUAUUGAACUCAACAGUCACUGGAAAUAUUAACAUUGCUAAUAAUUACUUCACAGGACCUGGAGCUGAAGUCACAGGGCCUGGAACUGAAAUCAUGGAUACUAGCACAUUGAUCACAGAAUAUAAGAAGUCCCUGCUGUCCGAGUAUGCCUACAUUACAGAAUUCACCUCCCGUGCCGGUGAACAGGUGCUGCUUAAUGAUCGCUACACUGACCCGCUGAUUAUUCAGAAACACAGAGAAAAGAAAGAGCGAGAGACGGAGAUGCGCUCUAGAGGGGAAAGAUUCUUCAACACCAGAGAAACCAACCAGAGAAACCAAAACAUCAGGCUUGAUCAGCUUUUCGGCCCAGAGAAUGGCUCCAAAAAAGUGCCUCGAAAAGCUGUAAUUCUCCAAGGUGAUUCUGGAAGUGGGAAAUCAGUCACUGCGCAAAAGAUCGUUCUGGACUGGGCCUCUGGAGAGCUCUACGCUGGAUUCUUUGAUGUAGUAUUUCAUCUUAGAUGCAAAGAGCUCAACGGUCUCUCUGGUGAGAUGAGCCUGCUGGAUCUCCUGGACUGUAGUUUAACUCCAAAUGAGAUUGGUCAGAUCUUAAAAGACAUACCACAGAGGAUCUUGUUCAUCAUUGAUGGUUUUGAUGAACUCAUGCUUUCUGGAACCAAAGAGUCGCUGCCUCCAAAACCAGACAUCAUAUCCCAUUCACAGGCCAUUGUUUGCUCUCUUCUGAAAGGACGUAUGAUGAGAGAGUCCUUCCUGCUGGUUACUACGAGAUCCACCGCUGUAGACAAACUGGAGAACGUUCUGAAAAAGCCACAGUGCUUUGUGGAGAUCAUGGGAUUUUCAGAGAAAGGAGUGAGUGAAUACUUCCGAAAGUUCUUUGAGGACGAAGAGUUUUCAAGUCAAGUGUACGAGCAGGUGAAGAUACACGAGAUGCUCUACACGGCUUGCUUCAUCCCUGUCAUCAGCUGGAUUAUCUGCACAAUUUACAAGAGAAAAGGGAAGGAUGGUGUUGUAACUAGUGAGCUGACAACAACCACGUCCAUAUUUGUGAUCAGCUUUUCGGCCCAGAGAAUGGCUCCAAAAAAGUGCCUCGAAAAGCUGUAA